GAUUUCCCUUAAUUUAAUUAAUUUCUGCUUUGCAGAAGACUGAUUAGACGCUGUGUAUGGAACAAAGUAUAAGCUAAGGGAUAAUGUCGUGGUUUCACUAAGGGGAUUUGGAGAUUCCGACGACGCACCCCUUGCCCACGCAAUCACACCUUACAGACCACGGCUUCCGCUGCAGGAAGGCUGGAUUCACGUGCGGUUUUCCAUAAACGAUCAUUAUUGUGUUUUCGACGGCAUCGUUAAAACCUUUUUUUUUUUGGUGUCUCUAUCCCGUGUUUAGCUGUUAUGCAUCUUGGCUAUCUUUUCUUCCUUGUUAUUCACUGGUUUUCUGCCGAAAAUCGAGCCGAAGCGGAUAGAGUUAGAGUAAACCGACUUUUAAACGGCGUGGAUGAAUUUGAAGUCUUGAACGAUGACGGGAAUGGUCUCUGUGCGGAGUCAAAGAAAGUGGAGGAGUUUUGUGUUAAACGUGAUGCGAUCAGCGUUCAGAAUACCAUAUCAUGUGAGGAUUUUAAGAAGAAAGUUCAUUGCCGUUGUGUUUCUUCAAAAUCAACCUUUCUUCUGCACAAGGGAAAAUGUGUGAAUAACAGGAAUGUCACGCGGUAUUUACAUGGAGGGUCGAAUCCAGUUUGCAGGUUUCAUUUAAACGAUGGGAAUGUUCAUCACCUUCUCAACUGUCAAGAGUCGUCCAUCUCCACGUUAUCCACCAACAUCUCUAACGCCAGAAGUUACUCGUUAUGUACAUCAGAUCUCACCAUAGAGCUCUACAACUGUAAAAUCAACCCCAGGACCAUGUCUUACAGUGAGGCCGGGCGAUGGAGGGAUCUGUGGAGGCUGGAUCCAAGAGGAGACUCAGCUAGUACACAGGAUAACACUUUAUCUUUGGAAAAAGUUUUUCAUAAGCUGAUGUCUAACGUCUCAAGAUACAGCGGAUUCAUUCUGUCAUUUCAAGCAACUUGCCAGACCAGGUCGAGUUUUCGACUGAGAGGCAUUCCUCCUUCUGACCCAAUCCGCUCCUGCGUACUCUUAAAAGUCAGCGGUUCUCGCAUAUGGCCGCUGCAAAAACAUCAAAUGAACUUUACUCCAUCGAAAGAAAUCACGAGGAAGUUAAAUAUUACGAUAAUUAAAAAAGCUGAAACAGAAGAAAGUCCUACAAGUCAGACUUCAGCCACAGACCUCAUCACCGCGGAAACUAAAAUGAACUCGGUCGAUGAUUCACCCUAUCUGCGGUAUAUAAUCUUGUUAUGUGCCGGGGUCGUCAGCCUUAUCGUAGUUCUUCUGUGUCUAACUGGAUUUGUGUUCUACGGUAGAUCGAAUCGCCGAAGGGAAUGGCAAAGAUCGGGAGGAAGUGUAGCAAAUCCUACAUAUGAACGGGGUCACGAUAGAGGUCUCGUUUUGGUGCAAGUGUCAACCCUCAGCCCCACAAGACCCCCCUCAGUUGCUUUUGUGUCGCCUUAUGCGAUUGUCUAUCAACCUGGCCACAACAACUUGUACGAAAGCUUGCGUAGCAUUAAGAAUAAUCCAGCGCUAAGACGUCACUCCUACUCCAUAUACCAGGAUUUAGUCAGUGCUGGAAAUGCAAGUUCGUAUCAAGAAGCCCUUGCGAGAACAAGAAGAAUAUCAUUCCCGUCAUCAAAUGAUAGUAAGUCCCCUACAGGAGCUUCCAACGCGCCGUGCGAUUAUGCAACAGUGCGGAAAAAAGUAACGAGAGAGCCUGGGGAGAAGUGUUCCCGUCACGCAACAAAAGCAGCGGAUUUCAUUGUUACGUGUCCGUCACUUCCGUCGUCUUCGCUACGGAGGGAAGAAAUGGCCAAUGCAGUCGAGAUAACUGGAUGUUCUUCAUCGAUAUUGUCGUUAUCAUCAUUACAAUUUUAUGACGGUGAGGACCAAAACGUUGACGAUUUAGACUCAAUGCAAAAAAAUGACUCUUGCGUUGAAAAUCAACCAGGUGAACUCGCUACCAUUCAGAGCAAUGAAAACAUGCACCGCGUGUCUGAUAUGCCUCAUGAUGACAUACAUGAACACUCGUUGGAGAGUGGACUCAGCGGUUUGGAGUUCAUUUUAGACUCUGAUUGUAGCGAGAGCGACAGCGCAUUUGGAGAAACCAUCGAUGAAUCGGAGAAUCAAUCACCUUUUUACUAUGUGCUGGAAGAAUCCGAAAAGACCCCAGGGGAAAAAUUAUAUAUUUCUCUCGUUUAACGAUAAUUGCUCUUGAACUUCGCGACAAUUACGUGACAUUUAAAGCAAUAAUGUUUAACUGGUAAUGCGUGACACUUUUUAGAACUCGCUGAUUAUUAUGCUUGUAAUGGCAGUUUUCCAUCUGUUACUUUUAGAUAUGUCUGGCUUUUCACCAGAUUACUGACAAUUCGUGGUAUAUAAAGGUAUCUCGCACCAACAACUUUCAAAUAUUCAGUCAUUUCAGUUGAUACAGGAAACAGUUUAAUUGAGUAAGACACAAUCAAUAUGUUUUGUUUGAUGUGAUCUUCCGGGUGAGGCUAGUCACUACGGUCAGGGGUGAGGAAGAGGGGUUUUGGCCACUCUCCCUACUAUCACCCCCAGACAGACGGUUUCACGACUGGCGAUUUUUGGAUUGAAAGAGACCUCUCUGAAAAUGCCUGCUGAUCGAAUUUAGCCGUGAAAAACUGGUGCCAUGUUGUAUAUUUUCUUCUAUGUGUCUAACUAUUAUUUUCACGAUAGAAAGUUU